CUGUAUCUGGGGUCCUGCGGUGCCGAGGUCAGCUCUCCUUCAUAUCGUCCUACACCGGCUUGCACAAUUUACUCUCUCCUUGUUUAAUUUAGCGUUUUUAGACACAUUUACGACUAUAAACGGCGCCAUGGCAAUCCCUCCCGCCUUCGCAGAUCUGGGAAAAUCAGCAAAAGACAUUUUUAGCAAGGGAUAUGGAUUUGGUCUGAUCAAACUUGACGUGAAAACAAAAUCUACAAAUGGUGUGGAGUUCAAAACCACUGGGUCAUCCAACACUGACACCAGUAAAGUGACUGGAGCUCUGGAGACGAAGUACAAAUGGUCUGAAUACGGUUUGACUUUCACUGAGAAGUGGACCACAGAAAACACACUGGGGACUGAAGUUUGCAUUGAAGAUAAGAUCACUAAAGGCCUGAAGCUCAACUUUGAAACCACAUUUUGUCCAAAUACCGGUAAGAAGAGUGGUAAAGUGCGGGGAGCGUACAAGCGUGAGUUCCUAAACGUGGGCGUGGACGUGGACCUGGACUUCGCAGGACCCACCAUCCACGGGGCGGGCGUGGCCGGGUAUGAGGGCUGGCUCGCCGGGUACCAGAUGACCAUCGACUCGGCCAAAUCCAAAAUGACCCACAGCAACAUCGCCGUGGGAUACAGGACCGGGGACUUCCAGCUCCAUACCAACGUUAAAGACGGCAGUGAGUUCGGUGGGUCCAUUUACCAGAAGGUGAACGAUAAGUUGGAGACGGCCGUGGACUUGGCCUGGAGCGCCGGGAGCAACGGGACCUGCUUCGGCAUCGCAGCCAAAUACCAGCUCGACCCCGAAGCGUCUAUAUCGGCCAAAGUGAACAAUGCCAGUCUGGUAGGAGUCGGCUACAGCCAGAACCUGAGGCCUGGAAUGAAGCUGGUGCUGUCGGCUUUGGUCGAUGGGAAAAACAUCAACGCUGGAGGUCACAAACUCGGCCUGGGUCUAGAACUGGAGGCAUGAGGAGGAUUCAAAAGGAAACAUUAUCCACAGCUCUGGAAAU